GGAAAAGUUUGUAAACGUGACUAGCCGUAAGCGGUUAUUUACAGAUUUUUAGAAACAGGAUGUUUUAAUGUUUUCUGACGUCACUGACUUUUUAGGAUAAGAAACAGUUGACUUCCCCUGAAAAUUCAGACUCUCUUUUUACGAUGGAGCAAUCAGUAUCUUCAAAACUACAAGAUGAGGUAUAUUUGACGAACGAUUCCCGGAUAAUCAGUGAUUCUAAACUGUUCCUGGGGCUUACAGUUGCCGGUUUUGCGCUUUCUUUAAUAACAACAGUGGGAAACACGGUCUUGCUGGUGACAACAUUUAAGGAAAGCCGUCGCUUACUCGAUAAACCUGCGCAUAUGCUCAUCACAAAUCUCUGUGUUUCUGAUCUUGUUAUUGGAUUACUAGCAGGGAAUCUCGCUUCAGUAUUAGCUCUAUACCACUACCAGAGUUGGCUGAUUCCUGCCAAACUAGAUCUUGUUGUUCGCUUUGUUCUGAUUUUUUUGUUGUUCGUAAGAAGUGGGACAAUAGUAACGUUGUCGUUUGAUCGCUACUUUGUCGUAGCACACACUUUUACAUACACAUGGAUGAUUACAAAGUCGAAAUACAAGAUUGCUAUCGCCUUCAUGUGGGCAGUCGGCUUUAUCUUAUCCUCUCUUCAGUUGACAAGCAUUCCAGAAAAAAUUGUCAUAAUUCUCUACACUCACACUCACGUCUCGGUUCCUGCAGUAUUGCUAACAGUCAUUUACUUUAACGUUUCCCGUGUCCUAAUGAAGAGAAAACGACACUUACGAAACGUCGGGCUGACAAAUAAGCAAGUUUGGGAUAACCAAAGACGCAUGGCAGUGACAACUUUUUUGGUAUUGACUUUGUUUUACGGCACUGUGUUACCCGAGUUUAUAGUUGUUCAUCUUCGCUACUUCUGCCAGCCAUGUGCGCAGUCCUCAACAUUUAAGAAGCUGGAAGUCAUAUUUGCAGGACUUCUCUUUCUAAAGUCUGCGGCGAAUCCCUUUGUCUACGCUUGGAGGGUAUCAAAGUACCGCCGGGCAUUUAAAGCGUGUUUUGCCUUUAACCUGCAGAGAAUAGCACUGAGACCAAACCCAUGGCAACAUAACAACCGUGUUACAACGGGAACAACUGUCCAGGCCAUUAGUUUAAAAACAUUUCAGAGAAAUUGAUGGUGAGACAAGAAACUUUAACACUUUUAUUGAAGGUGAUCGGUUUUCGGUAAAGGCCAUUUGUCAAGCAUACUGACUUGGGAUGAAAGAGCUGAAAGGGAAUUAGAUUGAAUAUUGUCUAAAUCUUAAAGGAGUUAGACAAUAUUCAAUCUCUCAUAUUGUACAUAAUCAAUAUGCCCAACUCUUAUGUUGGGCAUAUUGCCAAAACCCCAACCGAAUAUUUCAAGGAGGAUGAAACCACAAAUUCCUUCACCCUUUACCCGUAUGCUUAUUCUGUACACUGCUCUCUAUAUAUUUCCCACGCUGCUAACAAGGAGAAUAUGUUUAGCAAUCAAAAGCUUCUUUAGUUUGUGAUCAUUUCCUUUGUUCUCGUGACACUACUGUGCGAUUCGGCGAAUGAUAUUGUACGGAGAAAUUAGAUGCUGGUCACUCGUAGGGGUCUAAAGGUUAAUGAGCGUAAAGAGGUAACGACUGUAAGUAGUAUUCAGUCCCAGCUAUUGAGUUGUCUAUCGAAGUUUCACUCAUAAUCGGCUUUGAAGGUGAAUAGGAGUAAAUAACUAA